AUGGUACUGACGGUGAACGGCGACUACGUCACCAAGGUGGCCGCCAAUCACAAUAUCAACUUGCGGGGCUUGUACCACGUAUAUUACUGCACUAGGCAGUCUACCAACAGAGACAGAUGGUGGAGGAUCGUGCGAAGAGCUGUAUACGCCUCUAUAAUCGACGUGGACGUCUCGACUGCCUUUCUCUACCGGCCCCUUCUGAACUCCCUCUGCCGCUGCGGGUCCUCUUGGGACACUUGGGAGUCGCCGGACGCGCUGCACACUGAUAUGCGAUAUUUGUUGGAGUCUGGCGAGAUGUCUGACUGCCGGUUGUCGUGGGGUUCAUACGAGCUGCCGGCUCACCGUCUCGUGCUUGCCGCACGGUCGCGCUACUUCAGGAGCGUGAUGUCGCGUCGCGCGGCGGGCGGCGCCGUGGGCCCGGUGUGCGUGGACGAGCAAGUGCUGCCGCGACGAUUCGCGCGGGCCCUGCUGCGAGCCGCCUACACCGACCAGGUGGACCUAAGCCUGAUCGGCCGCAACUCGUCUUCACCAUCGUCUACCAAUAGCACCGGCAGCGGCGGGACGGCAUGGACCGGCAGCAGAGGUCGCGCGACAUCAACCGCGACUCUAGACGAUGCAUUUCAACUCUACGAGAUCGCGAGGUUUCUGGAGAUGCCGAUCGUAGUGCAGGGCUGCGAGGACGCCAUUGUGGAAGCCUUGAGCGCCGACACGCUGCCGCACGUGCUGCGGUGGGCCGCGCACGCGCACGCCUCGCGCUGGGUGCACAGACAAGCGAUGCGCUACCUCCGCGACGAGUUUCCGACGUUAAUGGCACACGCGGCGGCAGCUAGACUUCCACGCGCUGCGUUAGUUGAUGCUCUUGGCUCGCCCUUCCUACAGGCGAGCGAAGCGCAGGCGCUGCGUGCAUUAUGGCGCUGGGCCGAGCAGACGCAACACGCGAAACAGCAGCGAGAGCCGAACGUGGUAUGGCACACAGGGCACGCUGCGGCGCGACGCGGCGCGCGACGACGGCCCGCCGACGCCGCGCUCAGGGAAGCGAUGGCUGAACUGCUGCCACUGGUGCGCCUGGACCACCUGCCGCCGGACCACGAGCCGCUACAGCAGGUGUGA